AUGGCUGGCCGCCGGCGACGACAGCGCAGCAAGAACAAGCACAAGACAGCGUCGAGGAGCGACAUCCCGUCAGGGCCAACGACCGUCCACCAAGUCCCCGACCACCUCCUCGAGCUCGUGCUCCUCCGGGUUGGCUCUUCCGUCGCCCUCGUCCGAGCCGCCUUCACCUGCAAGCGCUGGCGCCGCCUCGUCGCGGACACCGCAUUCCUGGCCCGGUUCCGCUCCCUCCACGCAGCCCACGUCGCCGGUCACUACCACGUCGUCGACCGGCCCUACCGCGAGAAGCUGCCGCCCGACGGGAACAACCAGAACCAGGUGUUCGUGCCAGACCCCUCGGCUGCCGACGCCAUCGACAGACGCCACUUCUCCCUCGAUUUCCUCCCGGAAUGCGAUGACUCCUCGUCCUGGGAGCUCGCCGACAGCCGCGGCAGCCUCCUUCUCUUUUACAGGGCGAGAACAAACUGGACGGGGCGGCUUCGCUUCCCGGACCUCGUCGUCUGCGAGCCGCUCUCGCGGCGGUACCAGGGGAUCGCCUACCCGCCGGCGAUGCGUCUCCACCUGUGCUUCGGCGCGUUCCUGCUCGACGGUGGCGCCGUCGACGAGACGGGUGGCUGCAUCGGCAUGUCAAACUUCCGGGUGAUCGUCGCGGUCUACGAAUACGUCGCGCAUGCCCGUGCCGCACCCCGGGCCUGCGUGUUCUCCUCGGGCGCCGACGGCGGUUGGAGCUUGAGGCAGCGCGCGGCCGGCAGCGGCAGCGGCGGCGUCCCCCUCUCGUGGUUUGGCUUGAUCAAUUUUGUAGGGCGCACGCGCUGGUCGCUAUACUGGACGAUGGAGCGCGACGGCGCCGUGCUCUCUCUCGACGAGUCCACCCUGGAGUUCUCGCUCGCCAUGUUCCCGGAUGCCGUCGUGGGGUGGCGGGACGAGUUGUCCACCUUCUGGGUCAUCGGCGGCGAGGACGGCGCGGUGCGCGUCGUCCGCAUGAUCAACAGAGACCUCACGGUCUUUGCGCAGCUCCAGGGCGGCGGCGAGUGGGUGACGGAGAAGGUCGUGAGGCUGCGGCCGGCCGACAUUGUCGCGGCCAACGAGAGGUAUGUCCUCUUGACGCCGAGGGGGCAGACCUGCCUUUUCUCCGUCGAGCUCGACACGCUGCAGGCGGAGAGCACGCACGAGAGGAACAGGUACGCGGGAGCGGCGUACCCGUACGAGCUGCCCUGGCCACCGGUCUUGCAGGCCUGCUGUGCUGCCGAUGACACGCGCCGAAGGAGAUACCGCUGA